AUGGAGAGAAAUGUAUCUUCACCACUGAACUUGACCUCUCUCCCAACUCAACUCCCUCUAAACAACACCGCUGACAUCAACGCCACAGCAAAACCCUUCAGUGUGUUUGACAACUGCGAUCAUCAGGUAGAAGGCAUUCUCUUUGACCUGACCCUGCAGUGCAUCAACGUAGUCGUGGGAAUCCCGGCCAACAUACUUGUCAUUGCCAUCCUCAUUCACAAUCGCAAAGAACCCACCACCUCUGACAUAUUCUUGGGCUCCCUGGCCUUCAUGGAUGCCUACUUUAGUGCCAUGACCCCUUUAAUCUUCCUUAACUUGUACUACUGGCAGAGCAAACAGAUGUGGUCCGCCUUCAAGUUUUCCUACGGUGUGAAAGACACGAGCGGGCCAUUGUUUCUCUCCUGUGUCUGCCUAGAUCGCUUUGUGGCUGUGCUCUUUCCAGUUAUGUUUGGGGAGUUUAAACACAUUAAGUACAGGUUAAGCCUCUCAGUGCUGGUAUUCUGCCUCACAUUUGCCUACUCUGCAGCCAAGGUUGUGGGAGGCAUCCACGACUUCGAGAAGGUGUUCACCAGUGAGAUCUUGGCAGCAUUUACAUGGAUGGUCUUGAGUAAUGUGUGCAUCCUGUGGACCCUGAAGAAGUCCCGCGGUGCAGGGAAAGAUGAGAUGCACCCCAUGAAGAAGAAGGCCUUCAAGACGGUGCUGUCUAUCCUUUGUAUCAUUGUGUUCAACUACCUGCCACCUGUGGCCCUGUUUCCUUUCGAAAACCACUACUCCCCUGAUGUGUUUCGCUGCUACGUGCAGCCUGUGGGCUUCGGUUUCCUCAACAUCAGCAGCACCAUCCAGCCACUGGUCUAUCUAUACCGUCUGGAGAAGGUGCCUUUCCUCUCAGACACCUGCUUUAAGAGGUGCUGCACCUGUGUCUCUGCAGAGAACAACAAACCCCCACCUGCUAAUACACAUGUUGAGCCUCAUGGAUGCUCAGUUUAA